CCCUCCUCUUCGCUCGUAUUUUUUCUCGUAGUGAACUAAAAUGUCAUCACAGAUGAAUGAAAUCCAUUCAAAGAGUUUGGUAUUUUAAAUAAAAAGAAUUCGUGAAUAAUGAAUUGAUUCACUGCUCUCACAAAAUCACUUACAAUACAUAUUUUAUAAAAUUUGGACCUACUGUUUGGCAUAUUACAGAAGAAAGCAAAAAACAAUUGUUUAUUUUAUCAGAUUUAUUUAAAAUAAGAAAAAUGAGUUAUGAAGAGGGAACACAUCUAGCUCAUCGUCAGCACGUUAAGUACUUCAUGAGAUUUUUGAAUAUCUUACCAUCAUCUUUGUCUUCACAUGAUACAACAAGAGUUACAAUUGCAUACUUCUCUGUAUCUGGCUUAGAUGUGCUCGGAUCUAUAACAUCUGUUUCAUUGGAGUUGAGAUCUAGAAUAAUUGAAUGGAUAUACUUUUUACAAGUACACCCUAACAAAAGUAAUGGCGACAUGUCAUCGUGUGGCUUUCAAGGAUCAUCAACAAUCAAUAUCGACUUAGACGAGGCAAAUAGUCAUUAUAAAUGUGGCCAUCUGGCCAUGACUUAUACAGGGUUGUGUAUUCUAUUGGCGCUUGGCGAUGAUCUAUCUAGGAUUAACAGGAAAGCUUUGGUUGCUGGUGUGAAAGCGUUACAAACUCCCGAAGGCAACUUUUCUGCCACAUUGUCCGGCUGCGAGUCGGACAUGAGAUUUGUCUACUGCGCCGCCUGCAUCAGCUACAUACUGGACGACUGGUCCGGCUUCAAUAUACCCAAGGCUACGGAAUACAUUCUCAAAUCUAUCAAUUACGAUUUCGGCAUCGCCCAAUGUCCCGAGUUAGAAUCUCAUGGCGGCACGACUUACUGCGCUUUGGCGACUCUCAGUCUCACUAAACAACUAGACAAAUUAUCCGAAGAACAAGUGGAAGGUCUCAAACGUUGGCUCCUAUUCAGGCAAGUAGACGGCUUCCAGGGAAGACCUAAUAAAUCUGUCGACACUUGCUACAGCUUCUGGGUGGGCGCUUCCUUAAAAAUACUAGACGCUCUACAUAUGAGCAACUACGGGAACAACAAAAAAUACGUUUACGAAACUCAAGAUUGUGUCGUUGGUGGUUUCUCAAAAUGGCCGGACACUUGCACGGAUCCGAUGCACACAUAUUUAGGACUCGCAGGCCUCAGUCUUAUAGGCGAAAACGGGCUAUUAGAAAUCGUUCCUACUUUGAAUAUAACCAAUAGGGCGUUCGAACAUUUAAAGGCGAUACACCGAAAUUGGGCGAACGAAUCAUAGCUUAGCAAAUAGAUUUUAUACCUACGAAAUUUGUAAAGAAACACGCUUUCCACAAGUGAUCAUUUAUAUUUUUUAUUAUUGUUUUUUUUUUUAUAUUGAAUCUUUCUUUUUAUUUUUUAUUUUAUAUUGCGAGUUUGUGAUUAUACUUUGUACGUAUAUUUUUUGUUUUGGUUUUGGGAAGGUAAACACUGAUUUAAGGUAAUAUUUUUUUAUUAAAUUAUAAUAUUCAAUAUUACAUGCUUUAAAAGUUCUGUUUCAAGGGUUUCAUGGGGUAGGGCCAGCGUAGGUAGCGCAAUAGUGAUAGUCUGGUAUACAUCCCGGCAAACUUCUUGAUCAACGACCAUAGAAAAAGAAGCCUGCGCAGUAGCAAUUUUACAUACAAAAACGUCUGCUGCGCAAGUUUGUCUAUGGUUUUGCCCAAGAAGUUUGCCGCGACCUUUAUUGCUAGCAGUGGUGUCUGUGCUAUGAUAUGAUAGUCGCUUUCUAUAAGGCUACCAAUGACGCGUGAUUCCCACCCUAUUUCCAUUUAAAAAUCUAAUCUAUUAAUAAUCAAUUACUGUAAUAAGAAUUCAUACUUGCCUACUACUCAUCACUGCCAAUAUCAACAACAUAAUUAUCGACUUUGUGAAAAUGCAUUUUGUUAAUUUUGUAUGUAAUAAUGUAAAGUUAAAUAUAUACAAUACAGGGUGUAAAAAAACAUUAUGACGAUGACUAAAACUACGCACUCUGUGCACCGAAACAAGUAAAUUUACAAAAAGUUAUUAGUGGGAAAUCAUUUUUAUUAUUAAGUAAAAAAAAUACAAAAUUUUGCAGCACGGCGCGCUACUGUAGCGCUACGCAACGACUGUGCCUGUGUGCGUGUGUGUGUGUUUGUGUGUGUAAGUGCGUCGAUAUAACGCGCUUCUCCACUACCGCCUGAUUGAUAUCAGGUAUAUUGUAAUGUUAUGUAGUUUCUUUCUCCAGUUCUUGUUCACAGUUUAGACAAGUUCUGAAGAAAUGGUAAAUUAACAAUUAAUUUGAGAAUUGGUUUAUACUUCCACUUUGAAUGUUUAUUUUAAUAAUAUGUAAACUUGACAAAAUGGCAAAUAGAAUGGUUAUAAUAUAUGUAUUUCUGAUGAACUUACAUGGAAUACAAACAGAAGGCACAGCUAAUGCAUUUAAUCUGUUAUAACGAUUUUUAUCCUCUUCAGUAAAAUGUAAGUCACAGACUCUCUUUUUCGAUCGGUAAUAUUCAAAAUCAGAUGUAGUUUCCAACUUUCCUCCAGCAAGAUGGACCCAAGUACGAAACCGAUCAGGAUAUUUCUCUGGGUCUGGAAAACAAUGCAUCCUGAUUCCUGUAAUAAAAAUUCACAAAUUACUAUUUAAAAGCACACAUUUUACCAUAUUAUUAAGGAGACAGAAUGAGCUCUAAACAAAAUAUUUUAUCUGAUGAUUUGGAAUAAAGUAAGUGCUAACAUUCCCUACCGACUGUAUUACAUACAUAUAACAAAUUAUCCUAUCUAAUGUUUUCUCAUGCAAGCAAUUGUAAUGGUUUUAAUAGAGAAAUACAGUUUCUUUGUUUCAGUCAAUAAAAUUAAUAGAUAAAGACAGAAUAUACCUGAUUUAUUUACUGCCAAAGUUCCUACAUUUUAAAGACCCCUAUUAGCAUUUGUUUAGAUUUAGAGCUAGGUAGGUACUUUAACUACUUAUCGACUAUUCGAUGUCGUCCGGAUCGGCCUCUCGAACCGGAUAAGUUGUGACACGAACUGACGACCUUCCACAUGCAAGCAAACGCGCACCCGGUACAGAGUAUUUUGAUGGACGCGCUCCAGUAUUCUUUCCCGUACAGACCGAUAUUUCAGUUCUUCAAAUAAGUCAAUAUUUUUUACGCAUUUCACCACUAGUCUGACCAGGGCUGACAAAACAUGAUCUUUGAUGAAACUUAACAGGAAAAAAUCCAAAGGCGUGCUGGUACCAAGUCUUCCGCAACUUGGCCAGCGGCAUGUCAUCUAAGGCCUCCGACAAAUAGUAGUUAGUUAAAUUUAAAUUUGCGGCUCCGUCCAUUCUAGGCUGCUUAAACACGGGAACGAGGAUCCGGUUCCCCACAAUGCCUGUCCAUACGAUGUGCUUCCACCGCGCCUGGAAGCCCGUUUCUAGAGCCUGGAAGCCUAGCUGCCGUUCGAACGCCUAAACGUGGGUUUUUUAUCAUAACAUCUAGAAUGACUUGUUCCGCCGCAGGUCGUAUUUACCCGCGCUCACCCUCCGAAACUGGCACUAUCGGCUGAUUGUCUAGCAAACGUUGUACAGUCCGAACAAAAUACUUAAUAUGCUUUUACUGGCAAAAGUCUCCUUAUAGCAAAAUAUAGUAGUUUCGCCUACUAUAUUUUUUUUAGAAAUAUUGUAUUUGAUCCCCUAUGAUAGUAGGAUACUAUAUUAUGUAGUAGGGUUGGCAACCCUACCGCUGGCCUGCCGGUCAGCGUCGCGUUGCCUAGGCUGGACUGACCAAUUACCAAUUAGAUAAUAAGUAUAUUAUUGUUAUUACCUACUAGCAAACCAGUGAACCAAAUGUUCACCAAAACCUGAUUUCUCUAAAACCGGAAGUGCUACGUUACUCAAAUCCGGUUUGUAGUCUUAUCAGACUAUUCUUAACUUAUAACUUAAAUAUUCUCUUUAUCUAUCUCUUACCGUUUGGCCGCUGAAACAGCACCACAGACAGACGGACUUGUCUAAUAGAUAAGAGACUAGCAAACCAGUGAACCAAAUGUUCACCAAAACCUGAUUUAAAAAAAAAUGUAUUUAAUUAAUUGAGAACUUCGGAGAUUUUGUGUGGUUUCGUUUGAAAUUCGUGAUUUCUCGAAAACCGGAAGUGCUACGUUACUCAAAUCCGGUUUGUAGUCUUAUCAGACUAUUCUUAACUUAUAACUUAAAUAUUCUCUUUAUCUAUCUCUUACGGUUUGGCCGCUGAAACAGCACCACAGACGGACGGACGGACUUGUCUAAUAGAUAAGAGAUACUUACUACUUAACAAACAUCGUGUUAUGCAUCGGUAGUGUUUUUUAUCAUUUUCAAUAACUGAUUCACUUAUUUUGUUGUUAUUUUUUUAUUGUAAAUCGAGAUCAUUCUUUAUUUGUAGUUUCUCCGAUAUUUUUUGUCUAAAAUCCCUGGUCCCUUGUAAUUUCUUGUUUUGUAAUCUUUUCAAAUUCACAGUUCAAUGCUAAUUCGUAUACAUUCUUUAUAGAAUCAUCAGUAGACUCGCCUACCAUUUGCAUUCAUCUGUGAAAUAUCGUUCUCAGAAAAACAAGGUUUCUUCUGGGAUUGAAAUAUUUGUUGAAUUUGUAUAUUUGUUAAAUAGUUGUUCCAACUUGACAAUUUCCAGACAUUCGUCGCCCAUGCAAUAUAUCACUUUUCUUUUUCACUUUUUACGUCGGUUAGUAACAAUUAUUGUUCAAACCUUUGUAACCAUCUUGGCUACGAACUGAUAUCUCGAAAGUUAAAUUCCUUAGGAGGAUUCACAGAAAGAUUUUGGCGAGUCGCUAAAUGUGCAACCGGCAAUGGUUGACUUCUUGAUGAAUUCUCAGUUUUAUUUGCAAUGGUUCAUUCAUUGAGUUGGUACUUACUAUUAAUUAUUGACACCGCUGCCACCAUUUAGAGUUACAUUAAAGAGUGGGAACCUGAAUUAAAGGCGGAAAUAUAAUAAAUGAGACAACCAUUUAAGAUGCACUUGGAGUCGCGUCCAUCUUGAGAAAGCGAUAUCUAUUUGUCAUAGAUUAAACCACAGAGUAAAGAUUAAGCUAACAUUACAAAUUUCUAUCGUAAAAAGGUAAAAGUUAUUGAGGUAGAGAGCUACGAAGGUAAGGAAUGACGAACCUGUUUAAAAAGAUUUUGUCAUCUGUUUACAUGGUACUUUAACUUUUGAAUGAAACAUAAGCAUAUCACACCUGCGUAGGUUGGUUAUUUUAAGAGAGGGCACAGCGGAUUUUCCCCUCGAAAUAAAGCGCCCGUCUGGGGAAGCAAUCUCCACCUUACAGAAGACCUCAGUAAAAUAACACUACCUUUUGGUGGUGUUGUGUUUCUGUCGGUGAGUAAGGUUGAAGGGCUCCGCGGGGUACGAGAUUGCGUUCAGGCCGACAUGGUGAGGAUGGCUGAAGGGCAAACUUUCUGCCGCAUUAUCUAUCUUCGCGAUUGUACUCCACUUACACUUAACAUCAGGUGUUUAUGGCAAGUGCUAAUUACAUUUUAAUUAAUUGGGGUUUUAAACAAGCCUAAUAACGUGUAAUUAACUAAUUUUCACAAUUCAUUUUACUAAAUGCGGCAGCUGAUACGUUUUAGUUCGAGAAUGACACAAGGGUGCAGUGCGAACGCUGGAGCGCGGAGCACAGCGUGUGUGCAUGCGUUGCUGUCAUAGAAGUAUAAGUAUAUAUUAGGGAAGAUAUAGACUCUACUACAAGUGGACGUGCCCCUCUAAUAGAAAGAGAAAGCAGAUAAGAGAUCGCUAACUUUUUUCUCUAAUCGCGCAUGCGCAUUGGCAACCGUAACUAUUUUACUAUUUCGAUGUGAUGCCAUUGGAUGCCAUGCGUCACAAGAGAGCGAGAUAGCUAGCGGUCUCUCAUCUUCUUUCUUUCUACUAGACGUACAUUUUAGAGCCGCCUUCCCCACUCUAUUCUUAUACCUCUAUGGUUGCUGUACAGUUCUAGCCUUAUUAUGACAGGAAUACUAAAAAAAAUAUGUUCUUUGGAAAAAAGUUUCUAAAUAACGCUUUGAAAAUGUUAUUGUUAAAAUUUUGAACCAUAAAUUUCCAAGGUAAGCUCCAGAGGAUACGAGGCCUUCGUUUUCGUUAAAUGUUUUUUUACAUCCUGUAUUUACUAUAAAGGUGAGUGUUAAUAAUGAUGUGCAAUACGUAACUAUUAAGCGCGUUUUGUACUGUCUCUUCAGAUCCUGAUUUUUUGUUUCGGUUACAUUGCUUUUUACUUAAAUACAUUUUAUAUAAAGGGGGCGCACAGAUGCAAUUCGCUGUUAAAAUGUAAGUUUUAAAAGGCACAUGAUGAAUCUUAGAAAACAUACCAUUUCAGCAUUUAAUGUUAACAAGUGAAUAAGGAAACGCAAGUUAAACUUCAGCAAAUGCUGACUGUACAUAAUGUGUACAAGACUUUAAGUCCCCUUUGUAUUAUUUGUCAUUGAAACUAUAAGAAACACUUUCAUAUUUUAAAAUAUACUUAUCUACAUUUAUUUUUCAGUAUUAUUUUACGAAAUUUCGCUACUGCAUUUAUUAUGUUGAUUUUUGUAACACUUUAGUACUUACUAAGGUAUUGUUUUAAUAAAUAAUGAAUAGGUGCUAAUUUACGAAAUUAGGUACCUGGUACCAAACAUGUGAAACAACGACUUAUUAAAUUGUAAGCACACAAAUAUUGUAGUACAACAUCGGUGUAACAAACAUUGUGCCAUACUUAAAAAACAAAAUGGCGGAUUAUAAAUGUAAAAUAGUUAGGAACUUUUCAAAUUGUUGCACAAAUAAAAAUUGCUAGUUGUAUUUUAUUAUAAGGUUUCUUAAUAUUAAAUUACAUAAUUUUGUUAAUAUCAGCAGGUACCUCGCAUAUAAUUAUUUAUUUAUUAGCAAUAAAAUUUUUGAUCUUAAUGUUACUUAAAAUUGCUACCAUUUAUGCCAAAACUGACGUGUCGUUAUAAAUACAAUUAUAUCUAUUCUGGUUAAAUUGAAGUUUGUAUAUGCAUAAUAUGUUAAAAAACUUUAUUGACAGUGUAUAUAAGGUUUACGUCUCGGUUUGCGAGUUUUUGGACCAGUGCCCUAUUUCACCAAACCGACAUUUAUAUCGCUGACAUAUGACGGCUUGGUAUCUAAUUUUUCUGCUAGUGGUAUAUCAAAAUUUUCUUUGUACGUACUUGUAUCAAAGAAGAAAUUCUGUCGUUCUUUAUAAGUUCUCCUGUAUAAGAACUUAUCUUUUCAAGCUUUUUUGGAUAAUUGAGUAGUAUUAUUGUGUAGAAAGAACGUAUACAUUCUUGCUAACUUGUGCUGUGGGCCAAUUUUCAGGUAUCAGGUGGCACAGGCACGUAAAAAUUUUACUCACUUUACUUACAAUCUGAGGACUGAUUCCUAUGUAUGUUGUAGAGAAUGUAAGGUCAGGCGGUCUUGGUGUCUUACUCUAUAACGCAAAUCUCACACAGCCCCGAUUUCGUGUCAAGAAUUAAGGACAAUUUAAAAAAUUAAGUUCGACUUAAAAAAUCGUCUUGUUUCACAAUACCAUUGUCAUAGAAGUAAGAUACGGACAAAUUGACAAUUGUAACAAGAUACCUGUCAUAUUUAUGACAUAUGAGUUGGUAAAACAGGGCCCAGUACCAUUAGUACGAACCAAUAUCGAAUUGGAAUAGUUUUGCGAGUGCGAAAUGUCAUUGUCAAAUUUUGUAUGGAAACUUGAACAGAAGCGCCAUAACGGACUUAACGAGAACUAAAAAUCAGUAUACAUUUGACAGUGACAUUUCUCACUCGAAAACUGUUCGAAUUUGAUAUUGGUUUAUACUAAGGGUACGGAAGGCCUAUUCGCUAACUGGUUUUUGACAGAUGAAAGUGAUAAUCACCGAGCUAUUUAGUGAUUGAAUACUGCUUUAUUAUAGGCGAGGAGCCACCAAUCCUGAAAUCUCCGUCAUCACGUAUUCUAAUAUUUUUAAUAAAAAAUAAAAGUUAACGUUUAGACGAACAAGAUUUGCUUGGUCGCACGCCGACGAAUUUGAUUAGCCGGAAAUAUUUUAAUUAAAUUACAUAUUUAUUAUUAAAUUUCCAUAAUUUUUUCCGUUAUCACGGAUUUUGAUCAUACUUAUAAAGAAUUUUGUGGGAAAUAUUAUGUUCAACAAGAAAAAAUCCGGCCGACCAAUGAAUGAUUUUUGGCCAGUAAGGCCACACAUACCUAUUUGAAAGGUGUGAUAAGGGGUAAAAUUUAUCCAUUAUCACGGAAACCUUUUUUUUUUAAUUCACGCGUUUUAAUGUCAUAUUUAUAAUUAUCUUGGUAUGCGUAUCGCGCAUACCAAAUUUUAACUCUUCGCUUUUCAACGGUUUCUAUAUUUCUGUAAAGAGUGAGUGAGGCAGAUUUUUGGUUCAAGUUGAAACCUUGCAUGAGUUCGUCUCUUUCUAAAGGUAAAAAAAAGUGAGGUUGUUCUACGACAGGGCUGCAUAGUGUUAUCUCUCUUACUCCGGUUUCUUUUCAAGUCCAUAAGACUGCUCCAAGAGUAACUGAGAUAAGAGUAACAUCGAAUUUAUGUUAAAGUUCCAUAGGUCUUUCUUUCUUACUCCGAAAAGGUCACAGCAUACCUACGUUGUCCUACAGCAUUUUGGGGGUUCAGAUCAUUUCGACAUUUCAGUCUGCUGUUUUCCUAGCUGUCAAAAGUGUCGUUAUUUUGUAUAGCUUACUACGCAUCAGCAUUCUAAACAUAUUCAUAAAUUUAACAAAAUUCACUGUUGAAUAUUUAUAAAAAAAACAUUUUUUUUAAUUAUAUUUUUUUAAAAUUGACAAACCGUCUAAUAUUUGUAUAUUUGAUAUUUUAUAUUUUAAUAUUUUAAACAGAUGUUGAUUUUUUGGUGAUAUUGUGUCCAUUUUAGUGUUAUAGUGACGAUUGAUUCAGUGUACUUUUGCGUUAUAAAAGAACAUUUAAAGCACUAGAUCCAAUCUCAGCGUUUCAGCAUAACAAUUUCAAUAUGUAGUGUUUUAUUUGUAAUACAACAACUUAAGAGAAAAUUACUCCGUUUUCUGGAAGGGAAGAAGCUUUUAAAAAAUGUAAAAACGUGCUGAGUUUCUGGAAAUAAAAAAAAUUAAGUAUCAAUAUUUAAGCUUAAAUUUCGAUGAUUUGAACGAAAAUGGUUAUCAUCUCACAUUACAUAUAUACAUUCAGGUAAUUUUCUAUGUAAUUUAUUAUAUAAUCAACCCAUAUAAAAAUUUUCCUGUAUUCCCUCUUUUCCAUAUUAAUUAGUAUAAUAAAUAGUUAAAAACUUAAGGAAGAGACUAGAGGUAGAAGAGAGACUUUAAAAGAAAUUUCAUCAAGUAAGUGAAAUCUAUAACAGUAUAAUCCUCACUCACACAAUAAAAUUUGGUAUGCGCGAUACUUUCGGCAGUUUGUAAGCACGCAUACCAAGAUAAUUAUAAAUGUGACAUUAAAACGCGUGAAUUAAUAAAAGAGGUUUCCGAUAUAAUGGAUAAAUUUUACCCCUUAUCACACCAUUCCAAUAGGUAUGCGUGACCUUUCCGGCUAGAAAUCAUUGGUCGGCCGGAUUUUUUCUGGUUGAACAUAAUAUUUCACACAAAAUUCUAUAUAAAAUUGAGCAAAAUCCGUGAUGACGGGGAAAAAAUAUGGAAAAUUAAUAAUUUCCGGCCAAUCAAAUCCACGCCGACCAAGCAAAUCUUGUUCGUCUAAACGUUAACUUUUAUUUUAUAUUAAAAAUAUUAGAAUCCGUGAUCAUGGAGCUUUCAGGAUUGGUGCCUCCCAGGCUAUUAUAACGCCACUAAGAUACUUGUUCUGAAAAGCAUCGAUGGAUAUCCAAAUUUUACUGUAUUUACACAUUUGGCUGAUCGUUUCUGCGUAAACUGUAUUUUUUACAUUAUGAAGUUAUCGUAGUACACUGCACUUCCGCUGUAUUAGAAAAGGUAACGCUUCAGCUGACUUACCUUUUCAACAUUUUCUGCAAAGCUAGUUUUAUUACACGACUGCCAAAAAAUAAGUUUAAUGUUUUCAAAGGUCCUUUAUGUAUGCAUGUUUGGAUGUAAUUAUGUCCUAAUUAACGACAAUUAUUCUUGGAGAAAUUAUAAUUUAAAAAAGUAUUUUAAUUUAUAAAUUGAAGGCUUACGCAAAUUCGAUUGAACAACCAAAAACUUGCACUGGCACACUGAAAAUAAUGUGAAAAUCGUCAAUUAAAUCAUUUGCUUAUUAUCAUUAUACAGUCAAUAAUAGAUGUAAUAAAAUAAUUGAUGUAAAAUUAUGAAGAAGACCACGUUAUGAAAGCUUUUCAAAGCUAUUGCUUUGAAAGUCUUGUGCGGUGUUUUGGAGUAAUAAUGUUUAUUAAUGAAAUAUAAGAUUGAUGUCGGCCAGUGUUCUCUGUUCAGUGUGUAAACUGUUUAACGUGAAAUAAAUAAAUUAUUAUUAUUUUUAUUGAUAUGAUAUUGAGAAGAAAACCACGGUUCUAAAGCUUUGAAAGUUUUCAUAUUAUUUGUAUGUAAUGAACCUUUUCAAUGUGUAUUUGUAUUUAAAGUCAACAACAAAAUGGUUCUAAGAUCAAUUAAUUAGUUCUUAGAGAUUCCCGUCGUGCUUGGUUAGUUGAUUCGAAUUUGUAUAGCUUUUACAAAUGUCGAACAAGUUGAUUUUUGUUAGUGUUUGCAUGUUGCACUGUAUAUCAUAUUUUAAGAACAUGAGCUAAGAUGUCGAAAUUAUCACGAUUUUUACAAUCUUAUUAUUUAUUACAAUAUAACUAUGUUUGAAAUUUUGCAACUAAAUUUCGAAGCAGAUGUCUUCAAACGAUUUAGAUGAAAUUUUGUUUACUUACACGUUUAGUUUUGAUGACAAUGAUGUCGAUUCUGGCGUGAUUCUCUAAAUCUAAACUUAAAUUUGACAACAGUGUAUCCUUCUCAUUCUCUAUACAAAAUGAAAAGGAGUGACUGAUCUUAAAUUUAAUUUUAAGUUUAGAUAAUCAUGCCAGAAUCGACACCAAUAAUAUAAUUGGUUAGCUACGUAACGUCAUUUUGAAUCCAUCAUGGCGGAACACCCAGGACUAUUUAUUUUUAAGGCACUCCUACAAUAUAUAAAUGGCAUCAAAUGAAAGGGCUUGCUGAGAAUGACUCGAAAUAUAAAGUGAGGUCACUCUAAAUCCAAUAUAGCUGAUUUCUCAGGAUGGUGGACAAAGUUUUUUAUGCUUCCUUACAAUAUGGGCAUAAAAUGAAAGGACUUAUAAAAUGUUGUUUUAAAGUUUUAAGCUGAUUAGAUCCUAGAUAGAACAUAUUGAUCUUAUUGUAUCUUAUUUCUAUUAAAUAAAGGCGAAUAUUGUUAGUAUUGUAGCGAUGUACGAUUUUCCUCUUAUGUUAUUUUGAUGUUGACAGUAAAUACUUUGCUAUUAAAGGCGCACUCCUCGAAGGCAAUAGUUUAUAAUAUCUUUUUAUAUUGUAUUAUUAUAAUAACAUUAAGAUUUUGUAAAAUAUAAGUUUCUUUUCUAUAAGUUGAUUCUAAAUCAUAAGGUAAUGUUUGUCAAUGCCUUAUCUACGUGCUGACAUAUAUGUUUGCAUUUAUUUAUUUCAGUUUCGUUGAAUAUAUAUAUUUGCAUUAUAAUAUAUAAAUUAUGAAAGUUAUUGACACAGUGUUUAAUUUAUUUAAUCACUUUCACGCAUUGACGUAUCUAAAGAAGUAGACUCCCAAUCGCGCUCAAAAUAUGAAUAAUUUUCAAACGAAAUGACGAGUGUUUGGUCAAAAACUGUGCAAAUGACACCCAGCUCCGUAACUAAUCGUCAUCUUCUAGUUUUGUACGGAAAAAGCUAGUUUGAUCAUACGUCCGAUACCGCUUAGUUUGCAUAGAAACGACGACGCGAUAUGUUACGGAGUUUCAUUUCACAUAUUCGUGCUUGAGCCUCUGAUCUACACAUAAAUAACCGGCCAAGUGCUUGACGUGCCACGCGCAGUGUGGGUUUCCGUUGUUGUGUCGUCACCAUCAUAUAUUUUGGAAAGAGUCUUUAUUUUAAGAAAUUACUUCGUCUAAGUCACUUUUAAUGUUUUCUUCUAUGGAAUUAUUAUUAGGUAAGAAUUUUUCUAAUAUGUACAUACAUAGUUGAACGACUAUUACUCUGAAGUAACAAAUCUAUUUUAACAGUUAUAAUUUUCCUUACAAGUUCAUGAAAAGCACUAAAUUAUCAUUAAUUUUUCCUGGUUUUUCAUCCAAAUACUUAAGCGUUUAGAGAGGGGGAGGGGGGGUAUUUUAUCAAAAUUUUAAAACUUUUCUUCCAUUUUGUCGGCCAGAUUGAUUAACAUCAUUUCGAAGUCAACAUGAACGAUCCCCUGAUGGGGGGUUCGCGGAGAAACAAAGGUCCCCCGGCUGACUUUAUAUUACUGUUUCCAAUGAAUCUGGAAUGGAAACAGAUGGAUCAUUAUCUGGGCGUAGGUAUUUUGAAACGCAGUCUCUUACACGUAUGCAAGCACUGCAACAAAAAACGACGCAGAAACCAAGGGUCAGAAAUGAAUAGUUGCAUUCAAUCAAUUGUUCUUACUUUUGAUCGUCAAAUUCUCUCUAACCGGCGUUUUAUGUGUUACAAGUCAUUGGAGGCAUUGCAUUCAUUGAGGAUUUACAUAUUUACCCAACCAUGCAGUGUAAUAACUGCUGCCGCUUUUGCCAUACAGAAACACAAUGUAGAUCAAGACCUCGAUGUUUCAAGUGUGUUGGAAUUUCGACAUUUGUAAAAGCUAUUCAAAUUCGAAUCAACUAAGCAAGCACGACGGGCCUCUAAGUACUAAUUAAUUGAUCUUAGAACUAUUUUGCUGUCGACUUUAAAUACAAAUACACAUUCAAAAGGUUAACAAUAAACCUACAACUUCAUCAUAUAAGACUGUAUUUCUAAAGCCUCGUGCACCACCAAAAACAACUUCAUGGUUAUGAUACGGAAUCUUACAAGGCUCUUAUUAAGGAUUAUGACUGUCCUUUACCUUCUGAUGGCUGUGGGUUCUGUCAUCAGGUACAGGAUGUAAACAUGUCCCAAAUGUUUAUUAAUGACAUAAUCCAAUUACUACUGUCUUUUCUAGAAUCUACUACUCCUUCACUGUCCGACGUUGAUUCUUUACGAGAUUGCUCAAAUUGGCCCAAAUGUACAAAAAAUAUUGACAUAUACGGUAAU